AUGCCAGCAAAACCAACUAACCAAAAAUUUUGCUAUGUUUGUUUAAAACAACUAGGAUUUGCUAAAGUAGUUUUAAAUCCCAAAAGUAAAUUGGCAAGAUAUAUUUGCUUAAACACUACUGCUAAUCCUA